CCAUACUCAUCAUAUAUAUGCAUGUUCAUGACCAAACAGAGCCAAAAAACACAAGAGCAUAACUGUGAUCAAACAGAGACAAAACAGACCCGUGAGAAACUGAUCCAUUACAAACCAAAAUAAGAGUCAGAAUGUGGGAUAAAAAAUCAACUAGACUGAAAUUGAACCUAGAAAAAGAAAUAGAACAGAAAAGAACCCUACCAAAAAGUUGAAACAAACAUCAUUAAAUAAAUAAGAGUGAAAAUCGGAACUUACCUAUAUUUUCGAUUUGUUUCCUAUUUCAACUUUGAACCAGAAAAAAAAAACGAGAAAAAUUCUCUAAGAUAGACCAUUUUUAAGUUUUUGUCACAAAAUAGUCAUCAAUGAAGAAAAUCACCAAAAUAAGUUUUAUUAAAAAGUAAAAACUGAUUUUUACCUGAGAAUUUACUAAUCUAAACUUAUGAUUUAGAGUUAAAGGGUGAAGUUUUGAAAAUAAAAUUUCAAAUUUUAAAAAAGUUAAAAUUAAAAAUUAAAAAGUUUAAAAUAAAAAGAUGCUAUUUUGGUCAUAAUCUUUUUUAAGGACUAUUUUUGUGACAAACAAUUAAAAAUGGCUAAAACAAACAAACUGGGUUGCAUAAUGUAUAUGCGUGGGUAAAAAAUAAUCUAAUUAAAAAAAUAAAAGAGAUUAGAGGACUAAUCCAAAUCCAUUAAUAAAUUUUUUUUAAUCAUUCAUUUGUUCUCUAACAGCUUGUGACUACAUCCCCGAGAGACAUUCUUUGACCGACAGAUUCUGGCCAAAAUAAAAACAUUCAAAAGUUCUUUGAAAUUUCCACUUCACGGGUCGACUUUAAUACCUGCUCACUAAACUCGGGUCAUCCCCCAACACAUUAAAUGACGUUACAGUAGCUUGCUGAUUUUAGGGGAAAGCAAAACAACAACAACAACAACAUCCACAAUCACUCUCUUUUUCAAAUUCAGAUUUUUCUUUUUUUUUUCCUCUUUCGAGUGAUCUCAGUGGUUUUUAACUGCAAUGGCGAGAAGACAUGGAUGGCAACUUCCAGCUCACACAUUUCAGGUUGUGGCCAUAACUGUGUUCUUCUUGCUAACUAUCGCAUACUAUGCCUUCUUUGCUCCGUUUCUCGGGAAGAUACUCUAUCAGUACAUCGCCUUUGGUGUCUACUCAUUCUUGGCGUUUUCGGUUUUUGUGCUGUACAUCCGUUGCACUGGUAUAGACCCUGCAGAUCCUGGGAUCUUUGUGGAGGCUGUGAACACUCCAGCUCAUAAGUCACAGACCAGUAACUACGCGCCUGAGAAUGUUGUGCCGUAUACUAGACACGGCUCGGGGUGCUGUAAUGCUGUGGGAAGAUUCGUUUGUGGUUGUUUAGUAAUACAAGAUUGCCGUAGAGAUACACAUCAGGAGGAACCAGGGGAGCAAGAAGAAGCUUUGUUCUGUUCUUUGUGCAAUGCUGAGGUGCGUAAAUUUAGCAAGCAUUGUAGAAGUUGUGGCAAGUGUGUUGAUGGGUUUGAUCAUCAUUGCCGGUGGCUGAAUAACUGUGUGGGGCAGAAGAACUACAUCAGCUUUGUGUGUCUUAUGGCUGCAAGCUUCUUCUGGCUUUUAGUUGAAUUUGGAGUUGGUGUUACUGUCUUUGUCCGAUGUUUUGUGGAGCAAAAGGCAAUGGAACAUCUCAUAACCGAGAAGCUUGGACUUGGCUUCUCCCGUCCUCCAUUUGCUGCUAUUGUGAUUGUUUGUACAGCUCUCUCGUUUCUGGCUAUAGUUCCACUUGGGGAGCUUUUCUUCUUCCACAUUAUUUUAAUCCGAAAGGGAAUCACAACAUAUGAAUAUGUUGUUGCUGUGAGAGCACAAAGCGAGCCGCCUGGACCGUCUAUAGAUGGGGGAGACGAGUAUAGCCAGCCACCUUCACCUGCAAGCUCAGCUGUGACAGCUGCGAGUGGAAGAAGCUCUCUAGGAUUGAGCAUUCAGUACCGUGGCGCCUCCUUGUGCACACCUCCAAACAUAUUCAUGGAUCAAAAUGAUGAUGUGAUCCAGCAUCUGGAGCAGCCUGGAACUGUACGUUCCACCAUAGAUCCUGACAAGAAGCCACCUCAGCGUCAACAAGUAAGGAUCAACCCAUGGAAGCUAGCGAAACUCGACUCAAACGAAGCUUCUAAAGCAGCUGCUAAAGCGCGUGCAUCCUCAUCAGUGCUUCUUCCAUUAGCUUCUCGACAAAACCCUCACAAAACCAGCAGCAACGCAAGCGGGAGAAGCAGCCCCGCAAGUAGCUAUCAGACCAAAAACACUAGUUUGACAAGAGACCACAUCAACCCAAUGUACAUGUCAUCAUCAGCCAACGAGUCACCAUUAAACGAGGAAGAAAGGAGGAACGUUGUCAUUGCUGCUGCAGCAGCUAGGAGAAACAUGUCUACAAGCGAUGAGAGUUCAGUGGUUUGGGAUCCGGAAGCUGGCAGGUUUGUAUCUUCUUCUCUUCAGACUCCAGGAACAGAGUUGGCUACUUUUGGAGGAGGAGGUUCUCUUGCUGGUAAUGAACGUCUCAACAGUGUUUCUUCUUCUGGGAGUGAUGGUAGCAGAAGGGUCAGAGGAACUCCGUUAACUGGUUAUUUCCAACAAGUUAGAUCACAGAGAGGAGGGCAGCUUCCAGUGUUUAUGCCUAGUGAUUCUCAGCUGCAGAGACAUGUAUCUACUAGAUUCCAGUAGAAUCAUUUGUAGUCUUUAGGUGACUAAACUUUUUUUUAAUUAAAGUUUCUUAUUUCUCUCGAAGUCUAAAGACAUCAGUAAGCUCAGCUAUAUAAUUUGAAUGUAGUA